UUUUUUUUUUUUAUUCUUCUUCUUCUUUUUCUUUUCUCAACUCUCAACCUUUUUUUUUUUUUUUAAUAUAUUAAUAAUAUGGCUACUCCUACUGGCAGUCACUUGGCUUCUCUUCGUGAGUUGAUGAAGUCUGAACAAUAUAAAGUCGAUGCUUUCCUUGUGCCUACUGAAGAUGCCCAUCAAAGUGAAUAUAUUGCUGAUUGUGACAAACGUCGUGAAUGGAUCUCUGGUUUCACUGGUUCUGCUGGUUUUGCUGUAGUUUCUAUUGAUAAAGCUGCCUUAUUUACUGAUGGACGAUAUUUUCUCCAAGCUUCCAAACAACUUGAUAACAACUGGACUUUAAUGAAACAAGGUUUACCUGGCGUACCUACUUGGCAGGAAUAUCUUGUCAAGGAUUUACCUUGGGGUUCUCGUAUUGGUUUGGAUCCUACAUUGAUCACUGCAGCUGAUGCUCGACAAUUAUCUAAUGAUUUGGGUGCUCAUGGUUCACAACUCGUUCCUAUUCAUGAUAAUUUGGUAGAUCUUGCUUGGGGUGAUGCUCGUCCUCCUCCUCCUCAUCACAAGGUGAAUGUUCAUCCCAUUGAGUUCUCUGGCAAGGCUCAUCAUGAAAAAUUAAAGGAUUUACAAGAUCAUAUCAAAGAAAAAGGUGCUUAUGGUAUUGUUGUAUCUGCUUUGGAUGAAAUCGCUUGGGUCUUCAAUUUACGUGGUUCUGAUAUUGAAUGUAAUCCUGUUUUCUUCUCUUAUGCCAUCAUCACUGAAAAUGAAGCCAUCCUCUAUGUGAAUCCUGAAAAGGUGACUCAACAAGUCCAAGAUCAUUUAGGUCAUCAUGUUACCUUGAAACCUUAUUCUGAUUUCUUCAAUGAAUUACGACAAUUGGCCCCUGUUUUACGUGAAUCUAAGAAAAAAUUGAUCACCAAUUCCAAGACAAGUUUGGCAGUGGAAGUGGCUGUUGGCGAAGAUAAUAUCAGUGAUGAACGAUCAUUCAUUACCGAUGCCAAAGCUAUCAAGAAUGAAGCCGAGUUGAAGGGAAUGAGGGAAUGUCAUAUUCGUGAUGGUGCUGCUCUGGUACAAUACUUUGCUUGGUUGGAAAAACAGCUUAAGGCCGGUAUUCAAUUGGAUGAAGUGGAUGGAGCCGAUCGUUUAGAACAAUUCCGUGCAGCUCAAAAGGAUUUUGUUGGAUUGUCAUUUGACACCAUCUCAUCAACUGGUCCCAAUGGUGCAAUUAUUCAUUAUAAACCUGAAAAGGGUGAAUGUAAGGUGAUUGAUCCCAAGUUGAUUUAUCUUUGUGAUUCUGGUGGUCAAUACAAGGAUGGUACUACAGAUGUCACUCGAACUUUACAUUUUGGUGAACCAACCGCUUAUGAAAAAAGAUGCUUUACACGUGUUUUACAGGGUCACAUUGCAAUCGAUGCUGCUAUCUUUCCCAAAGGCACUUCAGGUUACUUAUUGGAUCCCUUUGCAAGACAUGCUUUAUGGAAGGAUGGAUUGGAUUUCAGACAUGGAACUGGUCAUGGUGUAGGCUCUUUCUUGAAUGUCCAUGAGGGACCUCACGGUAUUGGUGUUCGUGUUGCCUAUAAUGAUACUCCUUUGGCUGCUGGCAUGACAGUGACAGAUGAACCUGGUUAUUAUGAAGAUGGCAAGUUUGGUAUUCGUAUUGAAAAUGUAUUGGUGGUUCGUGAUGCUGCUACACCCAACAACUUUGGUGACCGUGGUUAUCUUGGAUUUGAACAUGUAACGAUGGUGCCUCUUGGAAGAAAACUCAUUGAUGUCGACUUGUUAUCUCCUGAUGAAAAGAAAUGGGUCAAUGAUUAUCAUGCUGAAACUUUGGAAAAGUUAUCCCCUUUGUUGGCUGCCGAUCAAGAUGCUUUAGAUUGGUUGAAGAAGGAAACUCUACCUAUUUGAAAAGACAAAAAUAAUAAAAUAAAAUAAAAUGACAAUAAUAAAUAUCCUACUUCUUUUUUUUAAAUCAUUC